AUGGUAUCUCCUGCGCAUCCUGCCUUCAGGCGACACGAGGGCUUUACCUCGGAUUUUUACUCACUUCACUACAUUCUGUUCACAGAAUUUUCCCUGCUCGGUAAGCAUUUGAUCUCAUUUUUUCUUAACAAAUAUGACCCCAUCGCGGGUUGCUACCUCAACAGUCUGAAUGUAGCUUUGAAGCAAAACUUAAUCAAGCGCUUGAAGGACUGUACCAUGUACACCCAUGUAGAAACAAUGAACAUGGACUACGAGAAUUACUGUCUGUUUGAGCAUGCUGGCCUGUUGUUUGGUGAUAUCUUUCCUUCAUCGUCUUCCGAGUUGCUCGACGAGCGACAUGGAGUGCUGCUCCGAGGACGUGGAGGUGACUCUCACGUCGGACCAACUGCUCGUUGGUCGCGAGCGGCUGAGUGA